AUGGAGAGGGUGCUAGAGAAGAGGAGAAAGAAGAAGAAGAAGUCUAUUCUCAUCAUAUCAUUUUUCGUUUGUUUCUGUUUCCUCACCCAUGAUCACGGUCUUCUUCUAUUUUCAGAACUCACCACCACGUGCCCAUUCACCAUCACGUUUCAAUUGGUUCCCACACGUGAUGACGUCAUUGUUUUGUUGAAAGUUUUUGAUCUUCAAUGUGUGUAUCUGGUCACCUAG